AUGUCGUGCACAAGAAUGCUACACAACGGGCUGGCCCCGUUGCUUGCCUCAAAAAUGCUAAGAAGCUCUCCAAUCCACGCAGACAUGAAAACCAAGCCAGCAAUUUCUUUUGUUGAAAAAAAGAGUUGCACCAAGAGAACUACUCUUUCAUUUUCACAUACUAGUAUCAACACAAGAGCCAAGAAAGUUUCAGCUUUAAAGUUGUCUCGCCAAACCUUUGAUGAAUUAACUGCGAAACUGCCAACGAUAGCCGUCAGCAAUCACAUUGUUGUCACUUUGGAUUUCAAAACGAUAUCCCCAAUAUUGCUCAACAAGAUUCUUGGUCCAGUUGACGCAGCAACCAUGACAUCACCAUAUAUCAAGUCCAUUUCAGAGGAGGAGAUACUUGAAACCAGCCCUGAACAGUCAUGCAAGCACAGCCUAGAAUCCAUCGAGCAUCACUGUACAUCUCGCGAUCAAGAAAAGUUAAUGUUGGAGGAUCCAACAAAGAAUGGCUCCUCUUCUGAAGAUGGAUGCCGCUUCCGAAAGUUUUCAGAAUUACCCCUCGAAGUUCAAUGUAUGAUAUGGGAUUUUUCUAUGGAAGAAGAUCGUAUCAUUGAAGUCCACAUCACCAAGCGUUGCGCAAAUUGGAUGAUAGUUUAUGCGUCUACUGAUGCUAAGAAUCCAGCAAUCCUUAGCAUCUGCCAAGUAGCUAGGGAACGAGGAUUGAAACGUUACAGUCCAUUGUCCGUUGCGAAUUCUUGGAAACGAGACAAGAAGAUGUAUGACGAUAGACAAGCUCUUCUGGGUCUUCCGUUAGACUUUGUUGGUCCUGAAGCUGCAACAACAAACUUCAAGUGCUACAUCAACUUCGAUCGAGACACCGUAUUCAUCAACUCCAGCCAUUUCCGUAUCUACAGCGAUGCUUUGGAGGUUGGUGACAACACUUGGCGCGAAGACUUUGGCUACCAAUUUUUGAAGGACCUCUUCUUCUCCACAGCUGGUGAUCGACUUCAGAAGCUUGCCGUGGACUACUUGCUAGCAGAGAAGUGGUUCAAUAAUGAUCGCAACAAUUGGCAAUACUGCCAAGUUUUGGCGGCAAUGCCCAAACUACAGCAACUCGCCAUUGUCUGGACUGGACAUCACCACUUUCAGCGUGUAAUUCAGAAUGAGUGCUGCCGCACGACACAAAUCGAGAUUCUGACGAAUGAAGCAUUGUCUGAUGAGAUACGCUACAGUGCCAAGUUUCCUAGCGGACAUCACCAUCGUAUACUCAAAUUCCACAAGAUGAAAGGCCUAGGCCCAUAUCUUGGAGAGGGAUGGAUCAGCGACCGGUUUGCUUCCGGUGAAACCUCCAUCACUUGGAAGAGCAACAUUGUGACCGCAAUUCAAGAGAACAGACCGGUGAACCCAGCUAACUAUCCACCCAAUUCGUUUCACUUUACUGCGGAAGGAAAAUCAAGAUAUCGAGAUUUGUGUCAAUUGAAGCUCACGGAAGUCGCCGCUGAGAGAGAAUGCUAG